AUGUCGCACAGACUCCCUCGUCAGCAAGACCGUGAUACUAGGAUGCAUGAGACGACGCCCGGUCCAGUUCAUUCCCAGCUUUUCUCGCAUUCCCAACCCCCACCUCCACCUCCGCCACAACACCAUCCCCAUCUCAACGGGAACGCGGCGCAUCCGACAACACCCCUUUCAAAUGGCGCUAGCCACUCGAGCGCCAUCGUUUCCCCGACCGCUAUCCCAAACACUGUCUCAAACGGCGUGGGGUCAUCAUCAUCGAUAGCCCACAAAUUAGCCGUUGCCAAUGAGCAAACGUGGCUAUUGAUAGGCCGAGUGGCUGAGCAGAUGACAGACUUGGACCAUGCGCUUUCGGCGUAUGAAAACGCACUGCGGCACAACCCGGUGUCCCUGGCUGGUCUCACUCAGGUUGCAGGCAUUGCUCGGAUCAAAGAGAACUAUCCCAAGGCUAUCGAUUACUUCCAGCGUGUACUCCAAUUGCAAGAAGACAACGGCGAAGUCUGGAGCGCCUUAGGUCACUGCUACCUUAUGCAGGAUGACCUCCAGAAGGCGUACUCCGCUUACCAGCAGGCUCUGUACCUCCUGCCAAACCCAAAGGAGGAUCCCAAGCUCUGGUAUGGCAUCGGCAUACUCUAUGAUCGCUAUGGUUCCCUCGACCAUGCCGAAGAAGCUUUUUCAUCUGUCCUUCGGAUGGACAAGGAUCUUGACUUUGACAAGGCAAACGAGAUACUAUUUCGCCUAGGUAUAAUUUACAAGCAGCAAGGCAAAUACGAAGAAUCGCUCGCUUGCUUCGAUCGAAUACUCCGAAACCCGCCUAGCCCUUUGGCCCAUGCAGACAUCUGGUUCCAAAUUGGCCACGUCUACGAGCAACAGAAAGACCAUGUCCGAGCCAAAGAUGCCUACGAGCGGGUGGUGGCGGAUAACCCUAGCCACGCCAAGGUGCUUCAGCAGUUAGGUUGGCUCUACCAUCAAGAUGGUUCAUCGUUCCAGAACCAGGAAUUGGCCAUCCAAUACCUCACGAAGAGCUUGGAAGCUGAUUCUUCUGACGCUCAAAGUUGGUACCUCUUGGGUCGUGCCUACAUGGCUGGCCAAAAGUACAACAAAGCAUAUGAGGCAUACCAGCAGGCUGUGUACCGGGACGGUCGCAAUCCGACGUUCUGGUGUUCAAUCGGUGUUCUGUACUUCCAAAUCAACCAGUUCCGCGACGCACUCGACGCAUACUCGCGGGCAAUUCGUAUCAACCCAUAUAUCUCCGAAGUUUGGUUCGAUCUCGGCAGCUUGUACGAGAGCUGCAACAACCAGAUAUCUGACGCCAUCGACGCCUAUGCGAGAGCCAGUGAGCUUGAUCCCGGCAACCACGUUAUCUCCCAACGCCUGCAGUUACUCAAGACUGCGCAAGCUACCGGCGGUCAGUUGCCUGCUGCGCCGGGUCCACAAGAUGUACAUCCUACCGCCUACGCCAGUGCUGUUAUCCCGCCUCCCGGACUUACUGGACCCCCUCUCCUUCUCCAACCGACUUCGCAGCGUCCACCGCCAUUCAGGACCGAUUCGAGGGGCCCUCCUAAUGAAAUCUCUUUACCACCUCCCUCCCAAGUCGGAGCUGGACCCUCUUCACCGCCUUUCCGUGGAGGUCCGCCUCCGCCUGUCGUUCUUGACGAGUCUCGGCACGUCUCCACUCAUACACCUUUGGCUCCCAUGGACGUAGACCGUCCUAUGCAUGCUCGCGAUUACCCUCCGCCAUCGUCUCGCGACCUGCCAAGCCGGGGUCCAGUGGGGCACACGUUGCUACUACAGCAUCCCGUCCCUCAGCAUCAGAUCGCUGCUGAGGAAAUGCGUAACGGAGCACAUACCAGUCAACAUGGGGAUUCGUACUUCCAGCGUCCCCGUGUACCUUCGAGGUCCCCGACGCCACCGCAGCAAGCUAGACGUUCACCAUUCCAGCCUUAUCCUCCCCCGGGGCGUCAACAAGUCGGCCCGGCUCAGCCAAGCGCUGCUCCUGCUCAGCGAUCCCCUCGAGUCUAUCCUCACAAUGAUCCAGCCCCCCGUCCAGUGGAACAGGAUGGAGGAUGGGGUCGCCGUCCACCUCCUGCUGAGGGUCGAGAAUGGGAACAUCGCCAUCACUCACGACAAAGUGGAGACUACCCUCCGCACCCGUCACAAGCUUCCUUCUACCCUCCUCGCUCCCCUGCAACCAGCAGUGCUCCACGCGUGCAUUCGCCCGAGCCCUCUCCACGAUCCACUCACUCCGCUCAUCCCUCUCGUGCAUAUUGGGAUCCCAAGCCAUCUCCGUCUACCGCCCCAGCCCAACCCUAUCGUCCCUCUCCACCGCCACCUCCCCCUCCUCAGCAUCACGAAUCUACGCCAUCUUCCCGUCGUUAUGAUCCUCGUUUCGAUGCUAGGGAUCAGCGCGAGUACGAUCGAGACCGAGAGCCCAGUCAGCACGAACCCCGCGGCGAAGCGCGAUACGCUGGCCCUCCGGAGACCCUGCGUCACCCACCUGGACCGCCCCAGCCCACACUGAGUGGUUCCGAGAGUCCACGUAACGGCUCUUCGGCUCCUGAGGGCUCAGAGAAGAGAAAGCGACGAUCUGCGAAGGAGAAAGAAGCUGACUCCCCCAUGGCUGUCGUCGGAGUUCCCGAAGCCGGCAAGAAGGAGACGAAGAGACGCAGCAGAGCGAAGAGGACGAAGGAUGAUUCGCGAGACGAGACUCCGAAGCCUGUUGGCGAACGAGGUUACAAGAUGGGGCAAGGGUAUAAGGGAGUAGGAUCGCCUGAACCGACGAGCUCGAACGGAUCGGGAUCUUCUAGGUCCGUACAACCUUCGCCAACGUCUGCUCACGCGAGACCUUCCCGGGACCUCGACGAGGAUUACGACGAAGGGGUAGCCGAGACGUUAAUCGGUUUAGCCUCAUUCCGCCCGGAGGCGGCAAAACCUACAGAUAGCUCAGCACAUUCACCAUCAGUUUCCACCGGCAGCCGACAUGACCCCUCGCCUAGACCUCGUCACCACAGGGAUUCGAUUUCAUCAACGAGGAGCCACGCUUCGCCGCCGAUUCCACCAGCGAAUUUGAAACGCCCUCUCAGCCCGGGUUCCGAUGAGGUCAGCGACUCUAAGCGGUCGCGAGUGGAUGCAGUCAAGCGAAGAGCGUCGUCACCUUCGAAUGGUAGACGAACGCCUACACAAUCUACGCGACCUUCACCCAUCCCUUUCCGCACGCAGCCCGCGACUCACUCUCCGUCAGAAGCAAGGCAAGUUGUUGAGCCCUAUCCUCCGAGCCCCUCGUUGCCCGCCGUUUUGCCACCUCACCCUCGACCAAUCGGCUCGGGACACUCGACUUCCCAUUCAGCAAGCCAGCAGAUGGCCUUACCACCGAUCGCAACACUGUCACCUGCCUCCACAGCUGCAUCGCCUCCUGCACCUUCUGAACGAGACAGGGAUGAUCGCAUGCAGGUAGACAGCGAUAGCCGAUCUAUAUCUCCUGCUGCUGCCCGCGGUAAGAUGGGCGAGACGACGCGAUCACCCAAAGGCUCUCCCGGCUCAAAGGCCGCACCGACGCCUUGA